UUUCCGGUUCUUCCUGGAAUGUCCGGUGUUGAAUACUUUUGACAGCUGUUUUUCUUGUAAAUAUUCAAAACAAUGGGCAGUAGGGCAUCUAUCCAGCUCCAGGAAACUGAAUUAAAUGAAAUUCAGUCAGAAACUGGCUUUUCACACAAUCAGAUUGUACGUCUGUAUAGUCGAUUCACAAGCCUGGAUAAAGGGGCUAUAGGAUGCUUGAGCCGUGAAGAUUUUCUGAGGAUUCCUGAGUUAGCUAUAAAUCCACUCGGAGACCGAAUCGUUCAUGCAUUCUUCACAGAAAGUAACAAUGAGACGGUCAACUUCAGACAAUUCAUGAGAGUUUUAGCGAGAUUCAGGCCAACGAAGUCAAACCAGAACAAAAAUAAACUGAAUACCAGGGAGGAGAAACUGAAAUUUGCUUUCCGAAUGUAUGACCUGGAUGGUGAUGACAAAAUUUCCAAGGAUGAGUUACUGUCCGUGUUACACAUGAUGGUGGGAGCUAACAUUUCCGAGGAACAGCUGGGGAGUAUCGCGGAGAGGACAAUCAGUGAGGCUGACAUUGACGGGGAUAACCAGAUCUCUUUUGAAGAGUUUGUACAGGCAAUGGAGCGAGUGGACGUCGAACAAAAGAUGAGCAUUCGCUUCCUUCAUUAGUGUUCUUGUCUGUUUUGUUGAUGAUGUGAUAUUCUAGGCAUGUUAUCUUCAUAAAUACUAUAUUUAAUAACUACAAAAAAGAUUUACAUGAACAAAAAAUUUCCAGAAUGUUUGAAUUUUAAUUUUUUUGUACAGAUUCUCUAUUUUAAUAUUUUUGUGAAACACUUAUUGAAAUUCUUUUCAAGUAUAAAUUAUUAAGAAAUAUUUGUACCGAUAUUAAGAUGACAUGAGUCCAUCUUAAAAGUUAAAGAUUCAUAUAUAGACAAAAUAUGGCAGACAGUGAUAAAUCUUAUUCCUCACAAUAAAUACUCUGUCGUUGAAAUCCUGACAUAAAAUACUGCCACGCACCACCACCACACACACAAUUGUCAAAUACUUGUUUAUUAUACACACUUGUCUUUGUAUUUCAAAAGAAUGAUUUGUUGUUUUUGCUGACUUUGUUGCAAAUAUGGAAUGUAAUGACACAAAAUAUAUGUAUUGUGAAUUUAUGAAACUUCCUGACAUUAAUUGCACAAAUGUAAAAUUAUGUAAUUCAUUUGAUUACAAGAAUGAAGUAGAUGAUACACCUUAUAUUGUAUUGUAUGUAUGUUUAUCAUUCCCCCCCCCCCCCCCCAACCCAAAAGUUUUUAUUACGAUGAAGCAUGUUUUACAGCUGAAAACAUCUAUGACUUGCUGAUGUUUAUCUUUAAAGCUAUAGUGGAUAUAAUAAUAUCUUAUGUUUGAAGUUUAAAAUCAAAACUUGUGAACCUGAUGUAUCAUAAAUCAUAAUACUGUUUUAAGUAAUUAAGAAUAUUGUUAUUAACAAUAUUGACCUAAUUUAGAGAAUCUGCAUUGCCUGUUGAUCAUGUUGAUACUACAUCAGUACAAAUACAUAUACAGUGGACCUUCAGAUAUCUGGACGCCAGAUAUCCAGAUGCUUCAGUUUCGGGACGAUUUUUCAUCAGAACAGAAUUUCUGGGAGUUGAACUAUGUUCAAUCUCCCUUGGUCAUCACGCAUUUAACAUGAGCUUCACAUAUCUGGCCAAAUUGACUAAGAACCAAAGUGACCAGAUAAAUGAGGUUCCACUGUAUGUAUAUCUUGUUUGCAAAGGAAGGAGUUUAGUUUAGUAGCAGUAAUUGUAAUAUAUACACAGUUUGUUCUCUAGAGUUCUGGUAAUCAUUUCAGAUUUCCUUUGUUUUUCCCCACUGUUCUUUCAAGAAUCCAAUACAUGUAAUUAAUAGCAUUAUAAUAAAAUUCCUGAUUUUCUAAUAUCUUGUACAUCUUUCUGCAAAAUAACCAUAUUAGUGGUGCUAAAGUAAUAAAUCUGUUCAUGUACAGACAGAGAAUUUAGCCAUAUUCUAGGUAGAAACUUGAUCUUACUUAUUAUGUGAGUUAGUUGUUAUUUUUAACACAUAUUCCAGAGUAUUUAAUAUACUGUAUUUGUUGAUUGUAUGCUGAUUGUUAUACUGUUUUAUAUUUAUUAUUAAUAUUAAACUUAAUGCCAUAUUUAAUCAACAAGCUACUUGCAAAUGAAGAGUGAUUUUUUUAAAGAUGUAAAUUUGUUGAAGCAGGGUCUUUAGCUAGCAAAAUAAAAAUCAUAAAAACAAA